CAUCAAUCCAUGGAUUCGGGUGCCUCGAGUUCAUGAUACCAAAUGACGUCUCGUCUGCUUAUAAUGUUAGGUUAUGUGAAUUCAAACCCUAAAACACAUUGUGUUAAUCAUCACCAUACGUACACUUGAGAUCCACAUUAAUGGUUAGUCGUUAAUCGAUAUUGAGGUUGUGGAGAAUAUUUUAAUUUGAAACACUCAAAUAAAAAAUUUAAUUAUCUUAACAGGAACCAUCAAAUUCAUGAAAAUCAAUAAAUUGUUAGGAGAUACAAUAGAAUUGAACAACAUGCAAAUGCAAUGUGUGAUCUAGCUAAUACUACAAUACCUUUCUAAGUUCAGCAACCAAUAAUUAACGCUACUCCAAACUCAAGUACUACAAGCCACCCAAAAACCAAAAAAUGCAAUCCUCAAUAUCACCUCCAACUUUGUCCAAAACCGAUUCCAGUCAUAGAAACCCAUAAAACAACAAGACAAACCAACAACACAAUCAUCCAUUUCCCCAAACACUCUUCCCCUCACCACCAUACAAACCCUCCCACUUUGACAAAAAUAUCCAAAACAAAAACAAAAAUAAAAAUAAAACUAAAAACUAAAAAUCCACCAAACCAAAAAGUGUCCACACAAAGACUAUCAAAACUCAGCUCAACUCACCAAAAAACCACUCAGUGAAGUGAGCUUAGCCAGAAAACCCCGAAAAAUGGCGAUUUGCACACCACUCAACUCCUCAACUUACUCCUCCUCCAUCAUCCCCCAGCAGAACCACCACGACGCCGCCGUCUCCUUCGCCAGAAGAACCUGCUGGAGAGCCACCACCACCCACCACCACCCCCGCCCCCGCCGCGGCUUCACCGUGAUAACAUGCGCCUCCUCCGACGGCGCAGGGACCGUGGUGAUCGGCCUGGCGGCGGACUCCGGGUGCGGGAAGAGCACGUUCAUGCGGCGGCUGACCAGCGUGUUCGGCGGCGCCGCCGAGCCGCCCAAGGGCGGGAACCCGGACUCCAACACUUUGAUCAGCGACACCACCACCGUCAUCUGCCUCGACGACUACCACUCCCUCGACCGGACGGGGAGGAAGGAGAAGGGCGUCACGGCGCUGGACCCAAAAGCCAAUGACUUUGACUUGAUGUAUGACCAGGUCAAGGCUUUGAAAUCCGGCGUGGCGGUGGAGAAGCCCAUUUACAACCACGUCACGGGUUUGCUUGACCCGGCCGAGGUUAUCAAGCCGCCCAAGAUCCUCGUCAUCGAAGGCCUCCACCCAAUGUUCGAUGAGCGCGUGAGGAAGCUGCUGGACUUCAGCAUCUACUUGGACAUCAGCAAUGAAGUCAAAUUUGCAUGGAAAAUUCAGAGGGACAUGGCUGAAAGAGGGCACAGCCUGGAGAGCAUCAAGGCGAGCAUUGAAGCCCGAAAGCCCGAUUUCGACGCCUACAUUGAUCCACAGAAGCAGUACGCUGACGCGGUGAUCGAGGUGCUUCCCACGACGCUGAUCCCCGACGACAACGAGGGCAAGGUUUUGAGGGUGAGGUUGAUCAUGAAGGAAGGCGUCAAGUUCUUCAACCCGGUCUACUUGUUCGAUGAAGGCUCCACCAUCUCAUGGAUCCCCUGUGGGAGGAAGCUCACUUGCUCCUACCCUGGCAUCAAGUUCACGUACGGCCCCGACACCUACUUCGGUCAAGAGGUGUCCGUGCUGGAGAUGGACGGGCAGUUCGACAGACUGGACGAGCUGAUCUAUGUGGAGAGCCACCUGAGCAACCUCUCUACCAAGUUCUACGGUGAAGUCACUCAACAGAUGUUGAAGCAUGCUGAUUUCCCAGGCAGCAACAAUGGCACGGGUCUCUUCCAGACUAUCGUCGGCUUGAAAAUCAGAGACCUCUUCGAGCAACUUGUCGCAUCCAAGGCCAAAUCUCCAGUAGAGGCCAAAGCUUGAGUUCCCCCAAAGGAACCAAACUCCUUUCCCCCACAUAAAAUUCUUAUUCCUCUGUUCUUCUAUUCUGACUCUCAGUUACAGCCUUUUGUUCUGAGCUUCAAUCGCGUAAAAUGAGCUGUGUAAUAUGUAUAAAACAAACCCAGAAAGCAAAAAAAGAGGCAGAAGACAAUAAUUCAGUUAUCAGAAUCGUGUACCAUCGCAUUGUCGUAGCGUCACAGAAAGCAUAGAUGAACGAUGAAAGUUGAUGGUGAUGCCAACACUGUUACUGGCUUUUC